AUGCUGCUCGCGGUUUGCUCGAGUCUCGCCGUCGGCUGGACCGCGCUUGGCCCACCUCCGUGCGCUUUUCGCCGUACGGCGGCGCCCAUCGCGGCGGCCGAGUGGGAGGACUGCGCCGGCUGCAAGCUGCUGCGACCGCCUGGCGAGCCGAGAGCGCUCGUGCACUUUCUCGGUGGAGUGUUUGUCUCGCCGGCGCCGCACGUCGCGUACCGAUACCUGCUCGAGCAGCUGGCCGAUCGCGGCUACCUCGUCGUUGCCACACCGUACGCGGUCGACUUUGACUACACCAAGCCUGCCGCCGAUGUCAAGCGGAAGCUUGACGCCGCGCGGGCGGCGCUCGCCGCAGAGUCGUCGGCUGAGCUGCCGCUGGUGUCGCUGGGCCACUCGCUCGGCGCGCUGAUGCAAACUCUUCUAGCCUGCACGUACGCCGACUACGCCGACGCGUGCGCCGGCUCCGUCCUCGUCUCAUGGAACAACAAGCCAGUCAGCGACGCGAUCCCGCUCUUCGAGCAGCUCUUCGUGCCCGCGCUCGGCCCGCUCAACGGCCCGCUCGAGCAGGCGCCCGCCGUGGGGUGUCGGCACAGCGAGUUUACGCCCACGCCGGCUGAGGUCCGGUCGCUGAUUCGCGAGCGGUAUCCCCCGCGGGCGCCGCUGGUAGUGCAGUUUGAGGUGGACAGCCUCGACGAGUCCCCCGACCUCGCCGCCGCGCUGCCGCCCGCCGCCGCCGCGUCGCCGCUGCGCAUCGGAGGCACGCACGCUCGCGACGGCUCGCACGUGACUCCCCUCGCCAUCGACCCGGACGCGCCCACCUCGGCGCUGCUGCCGCUGCCAGACCCGUUCGGCCUCGGCGCGGGCGCGGCGGUGCGAGACGCGCUCGUGGCGGACGUGGAUCGGCUCGUCGACGAAGUUGACCGCCACUUUGAGGCGGCGGUCGCGGCGGCGGCGGAGGCGGCGGAGGCGGCGGAGGCGGUCGCGGCGGCGGAGGCGGAGGCGGAGGCGGCGGCGGCGGCGGCGGAGGUAGCGGCGGCGGCCGAGGUGGCGGCGGACGCGGAGGCGGCGGACGCGGACGCGGACGCGGAGGUGGCAGCAGAAGCGGCCGCGGCGGCGGCGGAGGAGGAGGCGGCAGCGGAGGAGGCGGCGGCGGAGGCGGCAGAGGAGGCGGCGGAGGCAGCGACGGCAGCGGUGUCAGCCGAGGCGACGGAGGCGGCGGCGGCUGAAGCGGAGGCCGAGGUCGUGGCUAUUUCGCAGGUGGAGGAGGUGGAGGAUGCGGCGGAGGAGGAUGUGGCGGAGGAUGUGGCGGAGGAGGUGGCGGAGGAGGUGGCGUCGGUAUCGGUGGGGGAGGCCAAGGCAGCGCCGCGGGGUCGCGAGGUCGCGACGACGCCGUCUGAUGACGCUUGA